AUGAAGCUGGAGGCCUGUUGCGGCGUCACAGUUGCUUUGGCAAUGCCGCGUGGCAGUCGAAAGAGGAAGGCGGAGCCAGCGGAGGUGGAGGAGGAGGAGGAGGAGGCGGCCAUGGACUUGACGGCGUUCUGCGAGGGAUUGCUGCGUAAUGAGUUGCGGAUCAAGGACUUGAAGGAGGAGAACACCCGCUUGGAGGAGGAGAACGCCCGCCUGCGGCAAGGAUUCGGCGACCCGGACGUCCAUCCUGCGCAAGGCGCUCCAGCCGAAUGCGCGGCCUCCGCGAGGCAAGGUCCGGACGCUGGUUCUGCACGACCAAGCGCCGGAUUUACCGACAGCAGCGGUGGCGAAAGAGGAGAAGCGAGCGACUCAAGCCCGAGCUAUCACGCGGUCGCCCAGGAAGAGAGCGGGCAGCGUUUACAGCAGCGCGGCGUCGGAAGCGGGAGCGUGGAGAUCUCGCACGAUCUUAAGCGCGAGCUUGACCGUCGGCGCGCGUUCGCGUGGGAGCUGCUCGAGAAAAACGAGCGCCUGGUGCGGAUGAUGGAGAGGCAGCACGCAGUGUAUGAAGAGCAUCUGAAAGAGUUGGCAGAGCUUCUUCGCAACGCGACUCUCGAUCAUGUAGCUGGAAGCACUGAGGGAGGCCCUGGCGGCAAUGACAGUGGCCCGUAG